UGGAAAUUCACGAACUAUGGGUGCUCACAAAAGUAUAUAUCUAAUUUUAUUGCUAAAUAAUUACAUAUAUUUCUUUGUAAAUGGUGAUGCGUUUCACAAUAAUGAUAAAGCAUGUAGAGCGCGGAGGGCGAACGAUUCUGUGGUGUGCGUGUGCACUGCGGACUAUUGCGAUGAAAUCACAAGAGAGGUCCCGCAGACUGGACAGUACUUCGCAUACACAUCGUCACAGGGUGGACUUAGAUUCUCGAAAAGCACAGGUUCGUUGCAGAAUUCCAAUUCGGAUAACAGAACAGAUACGAUAUUAGUCCUGGACCCCACCAUACAAUAUCAAAGCAUACAAGGAUUUGGUGGAGGAGUUACAGACACUGUCGGAAUAAACUGGGUCGCGCUGAAAAAUGAAACUUUGCAGCAUUAUCUUAUAAAUUCAUAUUUUGGAGCUACCGGUAUAGAAUACAACAUAAUACGUACGCCAAUUGGUGGCAGCGAUUUUUCUAUUCGUCCGUACACAUUGCAAGACUAUCCUGAAAAUGACGCGUCACUCAGCAAUUUCUCACUAGCCUACGAAGAUUACAAUUAUAAGAUACCCGUAAUAAAGGCGAGUAUAGCUUUGGCGACCGCUCCAGUCCAAAUCAUAGCUUCGUGCUGGUCACCGCCAACCUGGAUGAAGCACGUGCACAACAUAACCGGAACUAGCCAACUCAGGGAUAAAUUUUCUCAGACCUAUGCUGAUUAUCAUUUGAAAUUCCUGGAAAGUUAUGCGCGAGAGAAUUUAACAAUAUGGGCAUUAACAACCACGAACGAGCCGCUCAGUGGGAUCAUGUCAUUGGGCAAAGCUAACAGACUUGGUUGGACUACACAGAAGAUGGGUCGGUGGAUAGCCAAUAACUUCGGCCCGACGAUAAGAAACUCAUCUUUUAGCAAUAUAAAAAUAAUUGCUGGGGAUGAUCAGCGCUUUAGUCUGAUUUUGUGGUAUAAUAUCGUGAUUCAAGAGGUCCCAGAAGCUGACAAGUACAUAGAUGGUUUAGCGGUGCAUUUUUACUUCGACGAACUGUCUCCACCCGAGAUACUUACCAAAGCAACAGAGGAUCAUCCUGAUAAGUUCAUCCUCGCCACGGAGGCUAGUAAUGGCGUAGGUCCAACGAUACCGGCCGUCGUUUUAGGGUCAUGGGAUCGAGCACAGAAGUAUAUUAAGGAUAUUAUAGAGGAUCUCAACUAUAAUGUAGUAGGCUGGGUUGAUUGGAAUAUAGCUUUGGAUGAGCAGGGUGGUCCAACGUAUAUAAAUAACUGCAUUGAUUCUCCUAUCAUCGUGAACGCACAGAGGGGAGAGUUUGUCAAACAGCCCAUGUUCUACGCUCUGGGGCAUUUCUCCAAGUUCUUACCGCGUGGCUCGAGGAGGAUAAAUGUUAGCGCCACUUAUCCUGACUCCACUCCCCUGGAUAACGUCGCUUUUCUUACACCGAGGAACACUAUUGUUGUCGUAGUGUAUAAUGAAGUCGACCAAACUAGGGCAGUGAGAAUUCGUCUGGGCAACCAGGAAGCGUUCCUGUCCAUCGAACCUCAAUCGAUUGCCACCGUGGAGUUUCCUUACUCUCAGGCUUCCUAGAUAAUCGGAACUUUUCCGAUUAUUCAAAUAUUUGUUUCUUAGCAAAUCAAGAUAGUAAAAAUAUUAGUAAAGUUUAAUUUUCAAUCAACUUCAAUAUGAAGGUAGUUCUCAAGUCGGUUGUUUUCCUCGUAACUGCGUUAGUUAUAAACCGAUUUGGAAAAUUAUUUUUUCAUGUAAAUGUAAUUUCCUUACAGAUAUAUUGUAUAACAUAUUCUAUUAA